AUGCCGGAGUCGAGUGCGCUGGGCGAGCUGUUUAUCGAAGGGCCGUCGGACCCUGAUGCGCAAGCUACCGUCACGGACUUCAUCGACUACACAGAAUACCUCCCCUCAGACCUAGUCCGCUCGCUGACCUUGAUUCGCGGCCUCGAUGAACGGUAUGUGAACGCGACAGCGUCUGUCCAUGAGCUUACAAAGGUCUAUGGCCAGCUCCCAAACCUCCCCGCGGAGUCUCGUCCCCAGCCGCAUAUACUACGCAAGCAGAUAUCAGAGCAGCUACGGCGCGCGGUCAACGCCCGCGAAUCGGCCUAUGCAGAGUCCUGCCGUCUCUACGAUCUUGUGGACCACUAUGUUGAUCGCCUGGGGAGUAUAAAGUCUAAGCUAUGCACGAUACUGGCGAAUCUAGGCUCGGUGAAGGACGAAGAGAUUGCUACCGAGAAGAGACCAGGAACCGCAGAAGGAGCUGGUACAGCACCCAGGAUCACCCUUCGUGUGGAUGGCCAGAAGGCUUCGGGAGCUGCUCGUCGCCAGGAUACGGCAGCACAGAAAAAGUCAAGGAGCCAGAAACCUGCCGCCCUCAAGACUGGUGCUGCGCUGCCGGAAAGUCCAGCAGUAGCCGGCCCAUCCCUUAAUCUGCCUCUAGAUCAAGCCUUGGAAAGGACAAAAAAGGAAAAGCAGCCCAAGAAACAAAAGCCGGCACAGUCUACGAAUAGAUCAGCUGCCGAUGCAGCUAGGACAGCGCCAAUUCUGGAACCACCUCCCGAGGAUGCUGUGAUUGGUGGUGAGUAUCGGCCGUGGCUACGAUUAACAGAAUGGGAAAUGGCACGACUACGGAAGAAGAUGAAGAAAAAUAUAGUCUGGCAGCCCAGUGAUGUUAUGAUACAGCGAGAACUGGCCCUGGGAUCUCGUGGCUGGGAAGGGUAUCUAGCUGCCAAACAAAAGGCCGAGGAAGAAGGCACCGAGUUUGUGGAUUGCGAUGAUAUCAUGAACACCUAUUCCCCAAGUGUACCCGCCUUCAAAGGUGCUGGAAUGCCGCCGCAGUUAAGGAAUGAGGAAAACAAAACCGUUCUCAAUCGAGGUAUGAAACUCAACGAAGCCAAGAAGCAGAAGCGUGAGAGUCUGGCUCGGGAACAAGCCGCUGCCCUGGCCGCUGCGGAAGCGGAAAUGGCAGCCAAACGUCUUGGAAAUAUUGGAUCUACCUUCAAGAAUCUGUUCUCGAGUCCUGUGCAACCGUCACAGACUCCGGCUCCCACACUACCAACUCCAUCUGUGCCACCUGUUGCUGCUGCUGAUAGUGUCCAAAGCACUGGACCUUUAAGCAAUAAUGCCAACAGCAGCAAUAAUGUUAAUAAUGCCUCUUUAGCUAAUGAUUCAACAGCUAUGCCUAGGCUGAAGAUAAAACCGAGCACGUCCAAGAAGAGGAAACAUGAUGAAUUAGUUGAUGCUGUACCUUCUGGACAAGAAAAGGGCGGUUCAAGGCCUACAUCCGCUGGAGCCAGCCCAUCGACCAAACCUUCCCAAAAAAGGCUACAGCUCACAAUGCCCGCUUCUGAGAACCAACCUCCUACCACUGGGGCGAAGAAGACUGCUAAGCCUACAAUAUCACUAAAACUUCCCGUCCUUCCACCCAGGCCAGGCUCCAAACUAUCUUCCCCCAUGACUUCCCCUGCCGAGCCAAAAUCGGCUGUUGAAUCCUCAACCCGCCGGCGUUUAUCUGGUGUCUCCAAGGCCAUACGCAGCGCUACUCCUCCCGCGGUAGCUAGGACAUCAUCCCGUCGCCGCUCAAUUACAUCCGGAUCGGUUGAUUCUACAACCCGUGAUCGCCUCCGACGUAAGAGCACAACUCCAGCCAUCAAGGACCUCUCUACUAACCAAACAGCCACCACGACCGCUGCAGGGACAGCAGUCGCUCCCGCAGUAACGGCAGCCGGACGACGCAGCAAACGGCCUGCCCCUGGUCCUGUGACUGCCGGGGAGGACGGAGGCUCGGCAGUCAGCAUAGGUAAACGAAAAGCCAAGCCGGCAGUCAAGAAGAAACGAGACCAAAAGGACAGCAAUAUAUCGUCCAAAACUGAGGACAUCCGUAUUGAUGAAGACGGCGUGGUUGAAGAGAUUGAUCCUAACGAGCCACGGUACUGUCUCUGCGGAGACGUGAGCUUCGGAACUAUGAUAUGCUGUGAAGACGAUGAUGUGAGUGACGUCGAACGAAGUGUUGUUGCUUGUUUGCUAAGUGUGUCGUUUUUCGCUCCUGUCACCUGUUUCCUCUUUACUUCUGCAUUCCUUUCCCCGGUGUAUCUUUUUGUUUGA